AUGGUUCAAAUCACUUCCCUCUUCACCCUCUUCGCCAUGGGCGCCUCUGUCUUCGCUAUCCCGAUGGUUAACGUCGACACCAUAUCCGUCGAGCAGGGCCUAGCCCUCCACGCCACCAACGACAACGUUGUCAACGUCGCUCGCUCGCCCGCCGCCGGCGCAGCUGUCGCUGCCAUCGCCCCUGUCGUCAUCGACAUCGCCACUCGCGUCGUCCAGAUGAUUGACAGCAUAAGGGACGACAUCGAGCGCCGCAAGCAAUUCACCCAACGUGUUGUCUCCGAAGUCCACGCCCGCUACCCGGGCUUCAACGUCGUCGUCUGCAACGUCGGUUACAAACUCGAGGGCUCCGGCUACCAGAAUGUGGUGUCUACGAAGUACCGUGCGGCGGUUGGCGCGGACGUUACCUUCGAUGUUGUGUUGUUUAGCUCGCCUAAGACGUUUACUCGCCAAGGUGAUGGCGGGUUCCAGAACUGGGCUUACCUUGUUGGCAAGCAGUGCCGUACUAAUGGUGGAUUCAUUGACUGCCCCAAGCGCGGUUAG